CUAUGCAAGGUAUUAACUCCACUACGCUUCUCUCUUUGCAAUUACUCUUCGAGAGCAUCUCUCUUUAGAACAUUGAGUAUUGCUAACUUGAGCGUCGAAGUGUUUUCCCUGAGAAACAUCCUCGGGAUUUUCAGGUGUGGAAGUAGUUGAAGAUAUCAACAGUGUUGAAUCACGAAGUUGCCCAAACAUUUGGCGUCGUCUGUGGGAACCCGAACAAAAAGCAUUAUGACUUAACCGGCAUGAACUGAAAAUGGUGCACACUUUCAUAGGAAACCACCCCCCAAGAGGUAAUGUGGACGACCAGGAUAACACUCAGGUGUUGGAAAGUGAUUUCAAUGACUUCCAAACACUUCCGAGAAACUUCUUUGUUGCCGGUGCAGAGCAAGAACAGUCGAACACUUCAGAUGAUGAUGAAAGAACACCUACAAGGCAUAAUGAAGAACUACUAAAGAAAAAUGCUGACCUCGAAAGACAUUUUAAAGAUGUGCAGAAGUCUAUUGAUAAGCUAAAGAGUCCCAGGUCACGCCAGCAAGCUCUUGACUUGGAUAGUGCCUCCCUCAACUUGUCCAUCACGAACGCCACUGACGCCAUGAUGUGCAAAGUCUUCCCUACGACCUUGAAGUCAACGGCCAAAAGAUGGUACCACAAGUUACCUAGACAUUCGAUAGCCUCCUAUUCUGAGCUCGCCAUUCUGUUUUUGAACAAGUUUGCUAGUCAAAGAGAAAUCAAGCGCACCGCUACUGAGCUGAUGCAAGUUCAUCAGAAGGAGGGAGAGUCUUUAAGGGACUAUAUGCAAUGGUUCAACAAGUCCACUUUGGACAUUGAUAAUGUCCCUGAUACCAUCUGCUUAUAUGCUUUGUUGCAUGGCCUCAAACCUGGCCGGUUUCUAGAUGACCUGCUAGAGAAUCCACCUAAGUCGUGGAAUGAAGUAAAUGACAGCCAUAACACGGAAGACUAUCAAAGCUUGAAGGACGAGCUUGAAUUCUUAGCUCGUAAUGGAAAAUUGGAGGGGCGAGUCAAUACUCGUUCGAGCCUAAUAGGACAUACAGGGGAUGCCCAUUCAAUAGGCGAGGGAGGCCAAAGUGCUCGAUGUCGUAAGGCGUAUGCUCGUCAAGUAAUGGCAGUGAAUAAGAAUAAGCCUCUGAAGCGCCCCUUUGAAGAAGCAGAAUGGGAAAAUGCUCCGAUUACAUUCAACCCGGCCGAUUACAAACGGUUAGAGAAAGAACCAAAUGUUAUGAUGCCCCAUGCUGAUCCUUUUGUGGCAACGGGGGUAAGAGUGCUUAAGGGGAACCAGAAGAUGGCUAGAGCCUGCUAUCAAGAUAUGUUCAAGAAGGUUGAGCUCGCUGCAGCCCCAAAAGGCUUUUCUGAAAUUCAUAAGCUGACUCAGCUUGGUCAACAGACAAUGAGCAUCUUAGAUAUUGAGCACCAUCCUGAAGGUGUCGAGCAGAAGGCUGAGCUAGUAGAACUAGUGGAAGCGGUCCCUUUGAACCCUAACAUGCCAACAAGAACAGUUAAGGAGAAAACAACAUUUUAUGCUGGUGACGCAAUCUAUUGCUAUAUCAUGAUGCCAUUUGGCUUGAAAAAUGCUGGUGCGACAUAUCAGAAGCUGGUGCAGGUCGUCUUUAAGCUCCAGAUCGACAAGAACAUUGAAGUAUAUGUGGACGAUAUGAUAGUCACUAGUAAGCGAGCUGAAGAUCAUAUAAACGACCUGAACGAAACAUUUCAGAACUUACGCCGAGCCCAAAUGAAGCUGAAUCCCUUGAAAUGCACGUUUGUUGUAGAAUUAGGAAAAUUCCUAGGGUACGUGGUAUCCAAGAAAGGAAUUGAGCUGAGUGAGUAUGACCUUAAAUUCCAGCCACGCACAACGAUUAAAGGGCAGGCGAUGGCGGACUUCCUUGUGGAAUGCCUUUCGACGAUUGUGGAAGAAGGGGAAGAAAGGGCGCCUAUAUACCCAAUUUGGGUUUUGUAUGUAGAUGGAGCGGCUAAUGUUGAAGGGUUGAGUGCUGGGGCAGUGCUAGUGGGCUCAGAUGGCUUUAAAUUCGAGCACGCAUUAAGGUUCAAGUUUCAAACAAUAAAUAAUGCUGCAGAAUAUGAAGCCUUUAUCUAUGGUUUGAAGCUAGCGUCCGAGCUGAAAAUCGACAAGAUACCCAGAGCAGAUAACCAACGAGCUGACGAGCUAUCAAAAUUAGCUUCCUCGCAAGAUGUCAAUCCUCAGAGGUCAACAAUUGUGGAGGAAAUUCAUGAAGGAGAAUAUGUCACACAUAUAGGUGGUAAAACAUUGGCUCGGAAACUCCUGAGACAUGGGUAUUACUGGCCUACUCUGGUUGAGGACGCACAGAGUUAUGUCAAAAAGUGCUCGACCUGCCCGCUCAAUGCUGAUGACAUUUAUAUGCCAGGAGAAAUGCUAUCAUCAUCAUCACUCUCAUCACCUUGGCCUUUUGCUCAAUGGGGAGUCAAUCUGCUCGGCCCUUUUGUUAAAGGCAAAGGAGGUUGCACAUACCUAGUUGUCGUGGUGGGUUACUUCACCAAAUGGAUAGAAGCCAAACCAUUAUUUACGAUAACAAUGAAGAAAAUAGAGGAAUUCCUAUUCAACUCAAUAUUAUGCAGGUUUGACAUACCUAAACGGAUCAUCGCUGACAAUGGUCCACAGUUUCAAGCUGUAACUCUCAGGUCAUUCUGCAACGACUAUGGCAUUGAGCUCACCUUGACAUCUGUAUAUACUCUACAGUCAAAUGGACAAGCCGAGUCCGCCAAUAAAAUCGUCUUGCGAGGCCUCAAGACGCGUGUUUUAGCCUCACACUCUAAUUGGGUUAACGAGCUCAAUAAAGUGCUCUGGUCAUGUUGCACUACACCCAGCUCGGCCACAGGCGAAACCUCGUUCAGCCUUGCCUAUAGAGCUGAGGCCGUCAUCCCUGUAGAGGUUGGAUUGCCAUCCGACAGAGCAGAUCAGCACAAUGAUCCUAGUAAUGAGCAACUUUUAAGAGAGAACCUAAACCUUGUAGAAGAGGUUAGGGAGAUGUUGCGAAUAAGAAAUAUGACACAUCAAAGUCGUGUUGCUAGAUUUUAUAAUAACAGGGUCCAAGCUCGUCAAUUUCAAGUUGGCGAUUUGGUUUUACGCAAGGCUAGGCUAUUUUUGUUAAGCAACAUGGGUCCUUAUAUGGGUAAACUUGCACUGAACUGGGAGGGUCCUUAUAUGGUUAUUUGUGUUAAGCAACUUGGGUCUUACCCGUUGGCAGACCUAUAAGGUCGUCAGUUACCAUUCAUUUGGAACAUACAUAACCUUAGAAAGUUUUACAGUUAGCAUGUAUGUUAUUAUCUUAUUCAAGUUAUUAGCAAUCAACUGUAAACAACAAUGUAAAGAAUGUACACAACAACAAUAACUAUAGAAAUUUCAA